AUGUUUCCGAAACAAUACCCGGCCAGCUUGCUCGGGGCCGUGCUCACCUCUUGGGCAGGCUUCGCGGCCCGCAGGGGAUUCGGCCCCUCGCCACUGGCGGCGGACGCUGAGGGUUGGAGCUGGAGGCCAGCUCGACAGCUACCGCCACCACACUUCUGCCCACGGUCGACCUCGACGGUGGUGGACUGCAGCUGCCCGGCGCCUGUGGCGCCAGUGCCGGCCGCGCCGCAGCUGCUGCGGGUGGUCGGAGACGGGCUGACGACCACGGUGGAGGUCCCGCUCGCCGCGCUUGCUGGGGCAGCUGACGCGGCGCUGCUCGGCGAGGAUCGCCCUCGAGCCGAUCGGCGAGGCCAGGGUCUACGUGGCGUGAUGGCGGCGCCGAUGCCAGAUGCGGCCCCUGGGCUGCGGAUUUUGGUUCAGAACGAGGAAGAUGCGGGCUGGACUCACGAGAGGCUGCUGCUGUGGCCGAGCGCUGCCGAUGGCUCGGAGUGGAUGGUGUAUACGGCGGGAAACGACUUGUAUGCAGAGGCCUGGACGGACUACCGCUCCGCAGUGACGUGGGCGGGCAGGAGGCGUUUCCCACCUGGCGUUCGGAACGUUGUCACGUUCGACAGGCCUCUGCUCGACGCCGAGAUGAUCAGCCUCCCGAGGCGCGUUCGGGGCGAGGUCGUGCUGGAGCAUGGCAGCGAUGCCGCGGACUGGUGGACGCAAGACGCAGUUGACUGGAACGGUGGGCGGCUGGCCGUGCCUCCCGCGACGGCGUUCGAGCUGAGUGCCGCUGCGAUCCUUCGAGGGCGACGCGGGCUCGACCGAGGCGCCGAUGGCGAGUGGGUCCCGAUCGAGUACGUCACGACAGAAGAGAUCGAGAGCCGGUGCGGCGCCAGGAUCGCGGCGGCCGAUCGGCUGAGGCCUGCGAGGGCCAGGCUGGGCGAUCGCCUCUUCCCUGCUGGUGAGGUCGGGGGCGCUCGCGCGCCACCCGCGGAGCCUGCUGGGACAGGCGCCGCCGCUGCUGACAGUGCUGGGCAGGAGGACUUCCGUUCUUGCUGGAUCGACGUAGACGAGACGGGGGCCCGUUUCGAAGAGUGGCGCAAGGUGGUGCAGGAGAGCACGCAAGAGGUGUUCUCGGACUCCAGCCUGCGCGGGCCGCCCGCUUGCUUGGAGGUGCGCCGCAAGAUGUGCCGCCACGGCGGCGCGCCGAAGAUCUGGUUCCAGGAGCGGCGCAAGGAGACAGGGAUCUCGGCGAGACCGAGCAUACCACGUGGUGCAGACGCUCAUAGAGUGAACAUGGGGGGGCUCGCGUCCCUGGAGGUGGUCGCUCGCCGGCUGCCGCAGUGCACGGAGGCAUUCGCGCGCGGGGCGGACCGCGCCAACUGGGCCGCGGUGAUGCACCUGGCGGGGACUGCCAACCCGCUGGACUUGGCGCUGGGCGCGCCGCUGAGCUUCGCGAGCCGGCUUAGCAAGCAGGGGCGCGCGACGGCGGCCGCGGGGCAGCUGCGGCGGCUGCGGAAGCUGGCGGGCCGGCGCCCCCUUGAGGCGGCGCGGCGGGAGGGGGCGCUAGAGAUGGCGGGGGCGGUGGCCGCGGCCGCGGCCGCGGACGCAGAGGCGGGCGGGGCCGCGGGCCUCGCCCGCCGGCCGCCGGAUGACUGGUGCGAGGGCCUCAGCGCGGCCCAGCGGCGGUGGUGGCUUCGCGACGGCAAUGCAGCCUGCGAGAGCUUGCAUUACUUGCUCGGCGGGGUUCAUCGAGACGAUCGCGCGCCUCCGAGCUUGAUCAGUCAGCCCAAGAUGGACCCCGUCCCGGCGCACGUGCAGCAGCGCGUCUUCUUGGCGGCCCGCCGCUGGAUAGACGUUGACGGCGCCGUCGCGGAGGAGGGGGCUCUCGCCGGGCUUCUUAAGGGCAAGGCGGGAUGUGUCCCGCUUGGCUCGACCAGCAUGGGCCCCUACGAGCGCUCGCGGGCGAGCAUGCCAGACGGCGUCGUCGACGCGCCGAGCUCGGCCACCGUGCUUCCCGCGCAGGCGAGGCUCUAUCUCGAGGAGCUUGCCACCGGGAUGCUGCUCACGCCUCAGGAAGCUGCGCUAAUUCGGGAACCUGACGGACUCCCAGGUUGUCAUGCCGAUCCUCUGCUGCUGCAGCGGCCGAGGAGCUACGGGAAGUUCGCGCGGCGCGCGCUCGCCAUCGGCCUGGUCAGCCUGACCCGCGUCGACUUGCUGUCGGGCGAGGGGCUCGGUCGCAUAGAGAUGCCGAUCUUGGAGGAAGGCGAACUGGUCUGGCCGAUGAGCCGGGGCCUUCCCGCGCGCUUCUCGCGGUCGCUGUGCUUCGCUCAGGCUGCCAGCCAGUCGCGGCUUGAUCGGCAGCCUUCGCUGGGCCUCCGACUGAGCGAUCGCGGGCCACCGCUGGUACUGCGCGGCGGCGAAGAGCCCGCCACGGGGCACUUCGUGUACGCUGGCGCCCUCGGGCUGGCGGAGGCGCACGUGCGAUCGGCGCUUCUGGAAGCCCGGGCCGACUUCGAGAAGGAUCACCUGAAGCUCCACGAGGUCGCAGGCUGGCAGCUGGAGAUGGUGCUGGGCCACAUGGCGCUCAUAGCCUUGGUUCGCCGCGAGAUACUAUCCAUUUGUCAUACAGUAUACGCUUUCGUGGCGCAAAGUUACCACGCCUUCUCUGUGCUGUGGCCGUCCGCUCGAGAGGAGCUGACCUGCUGCCUCGGUAUCAUGGUGAUGCUGGAUUCGAGCUGGACCCGCGCAUGGCCGCCCGUGGUCUACUCCUCCGACGCGAGCCUAUACGGCUACGGCGUCGCCGAGGCGAGCUUCGACCCAGAGACCGCGGCGGAGGUCGGGCGCGUCUCAGAGCUGUCGCGGCGGCGCCUGGGUGCUGGGCUCGCGAGGCAGCGCGCCUUCGAGUGCGCCGGCUUCCUGCUCGACGGCGAGACGGGCGAGGUCGUCCGCGAUGCCGGCGGGGCGCCGCGCCAGCUGGACGCCGAGCUGCGGCGCGCGCUGGCCAGCGAGCGUUGGGGGGUCGACCCCGGCUUCCCGGGGGUCCAGGGAUUUUCGGCUUUGCUGGGCGCCCGCCUGGUGGACUACAUGAACGAGGAGUUCUUGCAGGGGGUGAAGAGCUGGCGGGGCGAGAAGUUCAUGGCCGGCUUGAUGUUCUUCCACCCGGACUAUGGCCGCCUGGGGGCUGCAUCUGCCGCGGGCCCUGCGCUGCCUCAAGGGGUGGAAGAAGCUUUCGCUAUCUCGCUCUCGGAAGCCUUUGGUGUAUGCGAUCCGGGUGGCCAUGGCAUUGGGGCUGCGCCGGCUGGGAGCGCCUCUGGCGGGCGCGAUGGUGAUGAUCAUGGUUGA